UCAGAUGAUGAGUAUAAUUAUGAAACAAUCAAUAAUCUACUAAAACUACGAACAAAGGAACAGAAGUGUCAAAAACAUAUAGCAGCAUUCAAUGAUAGCGCACAAAAAAAUAAUGAAUCAAUUAAUGUUGAUAGUACUGAAGGUAUUGAAGAACAAAACCAAAUGAUGCAUAAACACAUUCAAGAGGAGAAAGAUUGA